ACUCUUCGGUUGCUCCACAAUGGCCAGCAUCUCGGGACUGGAAUGAAGAAAUAAAAAACCUCCAGAAUUUGGGAUAACUGUCGCGAAUGAGAAUAAAACGUCAGCAAUUUGAAAUGGUAAACCUGAGAGGAUACAACUGGAAGAGCCAACAAUUACUCCUGUUCCUGAUAAUUGUGGCAGCCUGGGAGGCAGGGAGCGGCCAGCUCCACUACUCCGUCCCAGAGGAAGCCAAACACGGCACCUUCGUGGGCCGCAUCGCGCAGGACCUGGGGCUGGAGCUGACGGAGCUGGUGCCCCGCCUGUUCAGGGUGGCGUCCAAGGACCGCGGGGACCUUCUGGAGGUAAAUCUUCAGAAUGGCAUUUUGUUUGUGAAUUCUCGCAUCGACCGGGAGGAACUGUGCGGGCGGAGCGCGGAGUGUAGCAUCCACCUGGAGGUGAUCGUGGACAGGCCGCUGCAGGUUUUCCACGUGGAGGUGGAGGUGAAGGACAUUAAUGACAACCCUCCCAUGUUUCCAGCGACACAAAAGGCUCUGUUUAUCCUGGAGUCCAGACUGCUUGACUCGCGGUUUCCACUAGAGGGCGCGUCAGAUGCAGAUGUCGGUUCCAAUGCUCUGCUGACUUACAGACUGAGCACCAAUGAACAUUUCUCUCUGGAUGUACCGCCCAACCACGAGCAGGUGAAACCUCUUGGGCUGGUUUUGCGGAAACCUUUAGACAGAGAAGAAGCUGCAGAGAUUCGCUUAUUGCUCACGGCCACCGACGGAGGCAAACCGGAGCUGACAGGCACCGUUCAAUUACUCAUCACCGUGCUGGAUGUCAAUGACAAUGCUCCAGUUUUUGACAGAUCUCUGUAUACUGUGAAAUUGCCAGAAAACGUUCCAAAUGGAACAUUGGUAAUCAAAGUCAAUGCCUCAGAUUUGGACGAAGGCGUGAAUGGGGACGUUAUGUACUCAUUUUCUAGUGAUGUUUCUUCAGAUAUAAAAUCCAAGUUCCACAUGGACACUGUGAGUGGAGAGAUUACAGUUAUAGGAAUUAUUGAUUUCGAAGAGAGUAAAGCUUACAAGAUUCCAUUGGAGGCACGUGAUAAAGGGUUCCCACAACUGCCUGGACACUGUACCAUUCUUGUGGAAGUUGUAGAUGCUAAUGACAACGCUCCACAGUUGACGGUUAGUUCCUUGUCUCUCCCAGUAUCCGAGGACAGUCAACCUGGAAGAGUCGUCACUUUAAUUAGCGUAUUUGACCGUGAUUCCGGUGCCAAUGGGCAGGUGACCUGCUCCCUGACUCCUCAUAUCCCCUUCAAGCUGGUGUCCACAUUCAAAAAUUACUAUUCGCUCGUGCUGGACAGUGCUCUGGACCGAGAGACCAUCGCUAACUAUGAUGUGAUUGUGACCGCUCGCGAUGGCGGUUCGCCCUCCCUGUGGGCCACGGCCAGCGUGUCCGUGGAGGUGGCUGAUGUGAACGACAAUGCUCCACUGUUUGCGCAGCCUGAAUACACGGUGUUCGUGAAGGAGAACAACCCGCCUGGUGCGCACAUCUUUACAGUGUCAGCGAUGGAUGCUGAUGCGCAGGAGAAUGCGCUGGUGUCCUACUCGCUGGUGGAACGGAGGGUGGGCGAGCGCUUGCUGUCGAGCUAUGUGUCUGUGCACGCGGAGAGCGGCAAGGUGUUCGCUCUGCAGCCUCUGGACCAUGAGGAGCUGGAACUGCUGCAGUUCCAGGUGAGCGCGCGGGAUGCUGGUGUGCCUGCCCUGGGCAGCAAUGUGACUCUGCAGGUGUUUGUACUGGACGAGAACGACAAUGCACCUACCCUGCUGGGGCCUUUGGCUAACGGGGUUGGUGGCACAAUGAAUGAGGUAGUAUCAAGAGCUUUGGUGCCUGGUCAGGUUGUGGCGAAAGUCCGGGCCGUAGAUGAGGACUCUGGAUACAAUGCGUGGUUGUCUUUUGAGCUGCAGCCAGUUGCGGGUGGAGUUCGUAGUCCCUUCCGUGUAGGCCUGUACACAGGAGAAAUCAGCACGACACGUGCUCUGGAGGAGACAGAUGCCUUGCGGCAGUGCUUGUUAGUGUUGGUGAAAGAUCACGGAGAACCUUCUCUGACCGCCACAGCCACGGUGUUGCUUUCUCUGGUAGACAGCGGCCAAACACAGAAGGUCUCAUCUAAGGUGUCAGCUGGAGCCUCCAGAGUGGAUCAGAGGCUGGUGGAUGUCAACGUGUACCUGAUCAUCGCCAUCUGCGCGGUGUCCAGCCUGUUGGUGCUCACGCUACUGCUGUACACAGCGCUGCGCUGUUCGGCGACGCCCACCGAUGGAGCCUGUGCUCCAGGGAAGCCCAUGCUGGUGUGCUCCAGCGCGGUGGGGAGCUGGUCAUACUCGCAGCAGAGGCGACAGAGAGUGUGCUCUGGAGAAGGCCCACCCAAGACCGACCUCAUGGCCUUCAGCCCCAGCCUACCUCAGGGUCCCAGCUCUACAGAUAACCCCCGGCAGCCCAACCCUGACUGGCGCUACUCUGCCUCGCUAAGAGCAGGCAUGCACAGCUCUGUGCACCUGGAGGAGGCUGGCAUUCUACGGGCUGGUCCAGGAGGGCCUGAUCAGCAGUGGCCAACAGUAUCCAGUGCAACACCAGAACCUGAGGCAGGAGAGGUGUCCCCUCCGGUGGGCGCCGGUGUCAACAGCAACAGCUGGACCUUUAAAUACGGACCAGGCAACCCCAAACAGUCCGGUCCCGGUGAGUUGCCAGACAAAUUCAUUAUCCCAGGAUCUCCUGCAAUCAUCUCCAUCCGGCAGGAGCCUGCUAACAACCAAAUUGACAAAAGCGAUUUUAUAACCUUCGGCAAAAAGGAGGAGACCAAGAAAAAGAAGAAAAAGAAGAAGGGUAACAAGACCCAGGAGAAAAAAGAGAAAGGGAACAGCACGACGGACAACAGUGACCAGUGAGGCCACCAAAUGGAAACAAGCCACUUAGCCAGUUUUUGUAAUAAUGGCAAAUCUCUCCCAUGUAGCAACUCCCCGCUCCUUUCUCCUAUGACAUGAGCCCUCAGAAAUCUGCAGAAAGUUCCCUGUGUCUGUCUUGAUCGCAUUUAACAGGUUUUGUCUUAAAAAGCUUUCCUAAGUCUGGUGUUAACUCUCUCUCUCUCCACUCUGGCUUGUUUUCAGAACCUAAAAAGCAGACCCAGGUUUCCUUUCUCCCCCGCCGCAAAGGAGAAGCUUCCCAGCCCCGCCAGUGAGAGUUGGACUCUCUGCCCUGUGCUUCAAGCAUCCUGUCUUGAUGAUAUUUGCAGGGCAGGCUGAAAGGUAUUCAGGUUGAGCAGUUGGGUGUUUGUGGUCACUGGGUAUGUGUGGCUACCAAGAGUGUUGGAGAGCCUGGUAUUGGCUGGGAUGGUCCAGAUUAGACUAGUUAACACAAGGAGGGCUGGGGCUCAAAGGCACAUCAACACCGGGAGUCUUUCAUCUGGAGGGGGAAAAUGUGAAACUUACAAGGACCAGACUUUCUCAAUCUCUCAACUAGACAUAUGAUGGCCAUCCUCUAACAGACAAAACCAUCCCCACCGGCAAAGCUUUAGGAGCCCCUCAAGUGUGCUGGCUAUAACAUCACUGUAUUCAAAACCUGCAGUAUGCACACGAGCCAGCAGUUCAAGCGUUUAACAAGAGGGUCGGCCAGGGCAACAGAAGCAGAUCUGAUGUGUUUCCUGUACACGUCCUUGUGCUCACGCUAUUAAAAAUUCUUUUGCACACAAUGUUUAUGAAAAGGUCUCAUCCUUUUCCAACAACACAUAUGCAAAAGCAAAAGAAAAACCCAAGACCUCACUUUAUGCUGUUUGUUGUUUGAUAGAUUUAUUAAAAAGAAAAGAGAAAGUCGAUAGCUAUAAAUCUUUAAAGGAAUAUGAUGAAUACAAUCCCCCCAACCUUCCCUCAAAAGAGAAUCCAGUCUACAGCCAUUUGAAAUGAUCGUUGCUGCUACAGAAGUGCUUUAAGAGAAUUGCCUGGAACAUCUGUAUUAUCCCGGCCACCUGCCAAUCACAGCUUUACUCUUUCAGGUCACUCUGGGGCUGCCUCUUGCAUGUAUUAAUUACUAAAUAGAAGGAUCUUUCUCUCUUUUCUAAGAAAAAUGAUGUGCACUUUGAUUACACAACCUUCUCUAACCCACGAUAUCAAGACCCAGAAACUGAAGAAAAAUCUUGUUUUCUCAUGCAUACAGUGAGCAGACUUUUCAUUCCUCUGGUUCUGUGGUUGUCUCGGUGUGCUAGCCUACACCUCCACCUUGUUUAGCUUUCCUUUUCUAGAACACUCUGAAUUGCUAACCUUACUAACACCUAUGAUGUUACCUGAAUCAAUCUCCCAUAUGUAUGCUGUAUGCUAUUAUAAGACUCCUGAGAUAUACUUACUCUGUGCUUGUGUAUGUGAAUGUUAAUGCAACUAUUACCUAGAGUGAACUUUAAGCUUUAUUGUUGAAUGUAAGCCCAUUAUAUUUCCUUUUGUACACCUGUGGAAAAGUGGAAUAGUGUUUUUUUUAAAACCAUUGUUAAUCAGCUUUUGUGUAUGAAAGACACAGUAAAAUUUCUUUCUUAAAUCAAGAUGCUGGUGAUUCAAGGAAUUUUAUUUAUGGUCAGCCAAGGGCUGUCUCUUGCCAAGAAUCCUGCUGGCAAGGGAAAAUGGAUAAAGCUGGUUUUUUUUUUUCCUAGUAAGAAUUCUGGAAUAAAUACUGAAGAAAGUCCCUGAGGGUAUGCAAGCACAAAAUUGUACCAAUCUGACCUCUUUGAAUUUGCAGACUGCUUUGAAAUGCUAUCCGGAAUAUCAGCUUGUAGAAAGUAAUAAAAUUUACUGUUACCAUAAAUAAGACAUUUUAAGUUUAUUGUGCACAACUUAGAUGUUUGAUUAAUUAUAUUAUCUACUUAAAAGCAUAUAAAAGAGGUAGGAGUCUGUUUUAAAAGGCAUAAAAAAUCUCAAAAAAAAAAAACCUGUCUUGUCUACUUUUAGCUUCAUUCUCCCAUAUUUUGAAGGGUGUGUAACUUCAGCUCUGCAGGAUUGCAUGGGGUAAAACUCGUUGACAGCGCAUGUGAACCAUUGCUACAUUGUAGGUUGUGAUCAUUUUGCCCCACUGAAGCCCAUGUAACUGACCUUACGUGCCUUUUGAACUAGGAGAAUCGGGCUAUAAUUUAUUAAUGAUGAUAAUGAUAAUGUAUAUGUACAGCACUUUUUAACCUUACAAAGUGCUUUCCAAUUCGUGUUAGUUAUUAGUUAUUACAGCUGUAAGGAUAAAACACGUCAUGUGGAUUCAUUUUUAAUUGGUGCUAUUGGUAUUUCCUCUGUUCUUGCUAAUAAAUGGAAAUGGUGGUGUGAAAGC